AGAGUAGACAUUUAUAUAAUAGACGACGCCGCUUGUAUAUAAUUACAUCGCAUCGAGAAGCACAUCGUGAUAUCUUUCGCUAUUCUAUAUCAUCUUUCAACUUUCUACACUCGCUUAACAAGAACCAAACACAUAGUUUAAAUACUUAAUAUUCAGCUAGUUAUUCAAUAUGCAGCUCAACACUCUCCUCGCAACCCUCUUCGCGGCUACCGCCUCAGGCGCCGCUAUCAAGUCGAGAUACGCAACUGGGUUCACCGUAUCCAACUUCACGGCUUCUUGCAUUCCUCACAGCGUCAUGUGCACUUACGAGUUCUUUGCUAUUACUGAUCCGGCGUCGGAAUCGCCCUCUGGUAAUCCAGAACCGGCAAAGUGCAGUCUCAUGCUCCAGGGCCCUGACUACCUACCGGCUGUUGGCUGGACAGGGUGCGCAGAGAAGGGAGCGUACUCGUGGGCCGUUGACAAGGUUGAGGGUGGCCUAAAGCUCAGCGUCACAACGCCCCAGGACUCCCACAGCAACUACACCGGCGUGUACGAAAUAACUUCGGACCAGCUCGUCGCUGAGCAGAACGGCGCUUCUAUCUCUCAGAGGUACACAGGCCCGUCCGGGUUUCCCAUGUCUCUUGAAGCGUAAGUGUAGGAGUGUGCUUUGUACUAGUCCGUCCAGAUGAAGUUUAGGAGACAAGAAAGGGAAUUUCUGGUAAUCGAUUAGAGGUGCGGCAGUAUAGAAGACGGUAGCGAUACCCUGAAGAGAUGGAAAUUAGCGUGUUUGAAGGGGGAGUUGCUUGAAAGAUUCGUAAGAGGUCGAGGCAGAAGUUUAUAAUUGUGCGGGAUGUAUAUGAGAAGUAACAUACAUACCUCUUGACUUUAGCAACGCAACGAUACCCAGUUCGCUAUUAUCUAAGAACCCAAGUCCUUUUAUUGUUUGAUACAUUAGGAGUCACUUGAGGCUUAAAGCUUUAGUCAAGCAAACUGAUUUAUAUUUUGCUUGGAAGUAUUUCCAAGGUCCAUUUUUAGAAAGGGCAGUUAUGGAUAGUCACGAUUUUAAUAUAUCCCGAGGCUAAGUUCCUUGCUAAUUAAUGGGAAGUGUAAAAAAACGCGCCUUUAUUAUGUCCAACC